GUCUUCCAUGUUUAAUUUCUUGCCUUGCUCAACUCAAUAAACACAUAUUCUGGUUGGGCCGAAAAAGGUUGAAAAAAAAACAACAAACACGAAACUGUUAUUUAGCAUGUAUUAUUAUUAGAAUGGCUGUCGCCUGACUCCCACAAAAUCCAAAAGACUUGUGUUAUGUUAUUAUUGCGUUUUUUGAGCUGAUCUAUUUUAGCAACAGAGUUUAUUUGUGAAACGAACAGACUUGCUUAGCUAACAAUACAACUCGUUGUCAUUAUUGAUCACAAAACCGGAUUUAAUUUUUACUGUCCUGAUAUAGCUACAGAUGACGAAUAGGACUAUUAGAGUUUUUGUUUUAAAAAUAAAACUAUAGGUUCACCUAUAAACACUAAAACAUAACAUGCAGAAAAGUGAUAGAGAUAGGGACAGAGAUCAUCACAGAACAAGUAUGCCACCAUCCCGAAAACCUGGCUCGUCUUCUCGUGGUCCACACCAUGGAAGAAGCUCCAGUGGAUCUAGCUCUGGUGGUGUUUUAAUGGUUGGACCUAAUUUUAGAGUGGGGCGUAAAAUCGGCUGUGGUAACUUUGGAGAGUUAAGAUUGGGUAAAAAUUUAUACACAAAUGAACACGUUGCAAUAAAACUGGAACCAUUGAAAUCAAGAGCACCACAGUUGCAUCUAGAAUACAGAUUUUACAAAGCACUAGGACAGUCAGAUGGAGUACCACAGGUCUUCUACUUUGGUCCUUGUGGGAAAUACAAUGCUAUGGUCAUGGAAUUGUUGGGACCUAGUCUGGAGGAUUUAUUUGACUUAUGCGAUAGACAAUUUUCCAUGAAGACGGUCUUGAUGAUCGCCAUGCAACUGAUCCGUCGCUUGGAAUACGUACAUUCAAAGCAUAUGAUAUAUAGAGAUAUUAAACCAGAAAAUUUUUUAAUCGGACGUCGACAAAAUGGCACUGAAAAGUUAAUUUUUAUAAUAGACUUUGGUUUAGCAAAGGAAUAUAUAGACCCCGAAACUAAAAAACAUAUACCUUACCGUGAACACAAAAGUUUGACUGGAACUGCAAGAUACAUGAGCAUAAACACGCAUUUGGGAAAAGAACAAAGUCGUCGAGAUGAUUUAGAAGCCUUAGGACACAUGUUUAUGUACUUCUUGAGAGGUAGUUUACCAUGGCAAGGACUAAAGGCUGAUACGUUAAAGGAAAGAUACCAAAAAAUAGGCGACACAAAACGAUCAACGCCUAUCGAAGUGUUAUGCGAAAGCUUCCCAGAAGAAUGGGCUACAUACUUGAGAUACGUUAGAAGAUUGGAUUUUUUUGAAACACCUGAUUAUGACUACCUGUAUGGACUUUUUCGAAACCUCUAUGAUAAAAAAGGUUACCAUGACAAUGGAGAGUUCGAUUGGACCCACAAGACAAUUCCGACGCCAGUUGAAAAGACUCCCAGCACCAAUCUAAAAAUUCCUGCAAAAACUGAUUUAACGCCUGGUGGUGAACGAGGAAUGUCAGGAUCUGUGGUGGCGGUCAAAGAUCAAACUACUAUAAACGCGAGUAAACCGGAAGUAGAUGUUGUUAGCGAAACGAAAUGCUGUUGUUUCUUCAAGCGCAGAAAGUCAAAUGCCAGGCAUAAAAAGUGACAAAAAUUUCAACUGCUUUUAUCUACGUAAUUUUUUAAAUAAGAACAAAUCAAGCAAGAUUGUUUUUGCUUGGGUUAUCGAGUCACAAUUGUCAGUACAUGAUCUGUACAGUAGAGACUUCGGAUGUGAAUAGAUCGUUACAGAAAAUCGUUCUGUUUUGAUACGCCGAUAGACAAUGUAGAUGGGUUGGCGAUUUGUUUGGCUUCGUCCAAUGGGAAAAGCGAUUUAUCAGGCGUUGUCCAAUCAGAUAACAGAUUAGGCAGGCUUCGUCCAACAACAAAAGCGAUUUAUCAAGUUUCUACCAAUCAGAAAAGCGUUGUAUCAGGCUUCGUCCAAUAGGAAAAGGGAUUUAGCAAGUUUUCACCAAUCAGUAAAGCGAUUUGACUUUUUUAUUCUGGUUUUCACACGUACACCUCAGGAGUUAAUAUAUUUUUAGUUGACGCUACAAGCACUUUUAGGCCAUCGGGUUUUGUUUCUUCGUGCGAAGACUUACUCUUCUAAUCUAACUUUUGUUUUUCACACAACAAACCAUCACUGUCUCGUUGCGUCACAAACAAAUUUACCUCUGACGUUCAUGCUCAGAUGUUUAAACUUUUAAAAAGUUGAGGUCCAUUUUUUAUAUAUUUAGGAGUUACCAUUCGGCAGAACUUUUCGGAAACUUCUACAACGUCACACCAGUUGUUUUUGGUGCAUCAGAAUAAUUUCUAAGUAUGUCGAGAGUAUAUUUCCGGGACCAUAAACACUUCGUUUGUUUUUAUCAAGAAUAUUAAACAAACCGGGAAGAUAUUGCCAAUGUUUAAGUGUUUAAUUUAUAUACAUGGAUUUCUCUAUUCAAACAGGUCCUUCGGUUACCGUCAGAUUAUUAAAACUUGUGGUGGAUUAUAUUAUAUAUAGUUACGAAUAUAUUUAAUAUGGCUGUUUAUUGUUGGAUGAUGCCUCGUUUACACUUUAAACGUCGGACCAAAGUGAUAGAAUUUUCGAUUUUUGAUAAAGUAUCGCAUCCGGGUAUCACCUGGGAUACCGGGUAUCACCUGGCGGUAUCGGGUCUUACUAUUCUCAUGUCCCGUAACUAAUACGACAUGUCAGGUGCUCACUUCAGUCCGGCGUCUAAAGAAAUAGUAGGGUAUGAUUGAAUGCAAAUUUUCAUUAUACAUUGUUUUUUUUUUGUCUUUUUAAGUUAUAUAUUUUCGAGACGGAAAGACCUGUUCAAGUAUUUAACUUCAUGUGACAUUCUCAGAACCUUGACAGCCUUUGUGAAUGCGAAACAGUUAAUGUGCGCCCUUUGUUAACAGCGAGCAUGGCGUUUACCUAAGUAUUUUUAUUAAAUAAGUCGUAUUUGAUAGACGUUUCGUACAUCACCAAUAACCUCUGGAGCGUUUACGCCCGCUUUUGUGCUACUAGUACUGUGUUUACGCCCGCUUUUUAUGCCACUGGUACUGUGUAUAUGUAUAGAUAAAUUUUGGGAGUCUGUCAUAACUGCAUUUUAGUUUUGAUUUCUGUGAAGAAACAGUUUUAAUUUGUCAAUUUAAAA